AUGGCCUUCUCACGCUCAACCCAUACUACAACGCGCGGUUUCACCUACUCUUACGUUCAUAUCCCGUCCCAGCUCCCAAACACUCAAUACUUUCUCUUCCUACACGGGUUCCCCUCUACCUCGUAUCACUGGCGUCAUCAGAUUUCCUUCUUUGAGGCAAAAGGCUAUGGCGUCAUAGCACCAGACUUGCUUGGUUUCGGGGAGACGUCAAGACCGACUGAGUUAGAGAUGUACAAGGGUGAGGAUAUGACAAGGGAUGUUGUUGAAAUCUUGACCUCAGAGGGCGUUGAAAUGGUGGUGGGCGUGGCACAUGAUUGGGGGUGUUUUCUUUUGUCACGGCUAGCAAACUAUCAUCCCGAGCGCUUUUCGGCCUAUGCGUUCAUCGACCACGGAUACAUGGCGCCUGGCCGUAGCCUCACUACCGCGGCGGUACACCAUAUCAAUAAAUCGGUGGAAGAAAAACUUGGGUUUUCGAUCCUGGGGUAUUUCCUUUUGUUCGAUGAAGAGGAUGCUCCUAAGCUCUUAGAUGAACAUUCCGACUCGGUAGAAUCCCUCUACUUUACCGCGGACGAAGAGAUUACCAAGAAGUACAAGGGUGCUCUGGGUGGUUUACGCUCGUGGUUGACCGAGGGUAGGACUACCGAGUUGCCAUAUUUGACAUCAGAGGAUCACAAACAUUAUGAACACGCCUUCUCCAAGGAGAAAGGUGGCUAUGGGGCCGCGAUCAACUGUUAUAGGUCUAGUCUGCGUAACAUUAACCAAGAUGACGAACGGAAAAUCGCAACGGCUGCCCAUGCCCUCACGCACCCAACCCUCUUAAUCGCGUCAACGAACGUCAUCACUGCCGCAACGAACAUCCCAGAGCAGAUGCGCCCUUUCGUGCCCGAUCUUACAGUCGAGCAAGUUUCUGGUGGGCAUUGGCUGCAGCUAGAGAAGCCAGAUGAGGUGAAUGAAAUUCUGGAUAGAGAAGUCUCUGACCGAGCUGGUACGGCAGGAUCCGAGGACCCAUGGAUCGACGGACAGAUGUCCGAAAAGCAGAGGGCGCUAAUUCCUGUUGAUCCCCCGCUAUCCGUAUAUGGUCCUAUCGGCAGGGCAGGAAUCAUGGACGGGAACUUGAUGCUUAAAGAUUUCCUUGUGGAUUAA